AUGAAUGCUGAUAUGUUCAUGUUUGUUGCUGCAUGUGCAGCGUGUAAGCACCUAGGGGAAAAAUGUGACGCAAAUUGCCAACUUUUCGGAGUAGACAACAUCAUAAAGCUGCUUAAUUCUGUUCCUGAUGACCAGAAGGAAAAAACUGCUGAAACCCUAAUAUUAGAGGCUAAGAUUAGGAAGGAAAAUCCUGUCCAUGGUUGCCUUGCCAUUGAAAGAAAACUGGGGGCAGAAAUUGAAGCACAUGAAAAGGAGCUUGAAAUGAUACAAAAUCAUAUUUCUUUAUACAAGAAAAUGGCCACAUUGCAAAUGGAAGAACAACAGUCAGAAGAAGAGCUCGAUAGAUCUUCCUUGGCUUUGGUUUCUCCAUCUGAUGCUCAUUUCAGCAUGCCAGGUGACAAAUCAAGGAACAUGAAAGAUGGCAAGACUAAAGAUGUAUCACCGUUUUACAAUAGUGUCCAGCUGUCGCUCACCCUAUCUGGAAAUGAUGGCCUCGAAAUCAGCCACGAGGGAUGGAACUGGAGCACAGGUCUGUAUCUGCACCAUAAAACAGUGCAGCAAGUGUAA